CUACAAGUUGCGCGUCCCGCUCCACCUUCCCGCAGUCGUCCCGCACCCACAUCGCGCGUGAACUUUAUACUGCUGGAGUAUGUGAUGUUGUGUAUGUGCUGACGUGUCGAUCAAACAUACUGUGUCCUGAAUUGAAUGCCUCAAGUUGGUAAAGUAUAUUCUGAACGCACUAAACCUUCUCGACUCCAGAGUGACGGUGAAACUCCUACGUGGCCGUACAAUCUGAUGACGCCCUCUGUACAUGAGCUGUCCCAUGUUCGAAUCAUGUCUGAUGAUGGAACUGAACGCCUCAGGCACAUUUAACUUCAGCAUCCACGAGGCGUUCCAGAUCCUGCAAGAACACAAGAGUCGUGACCGCAAUGUUGACGGACUUACGGAGGUGAUCCUGAUCUGCAUCUACGGGUUCCUGAUGGUAUCCGGACUGUCAGCCAACCUGAUUGUCAGUUUCGUGGUGGCGCGUCGACCGCAGAUGCACACACCGAGGAAUCUCUACAUCGUGAAUUUGACUGUCUCGGAUAUGACUUUGUGCCUCAUCUGCAUGCCUUUCACCUUGGUCUCCAUCUUGAGCCGCCAGUGGACUCUUGGACUCGCAUUGUGCAAGCUGGUGCCGGUCAUUCAGGGCACCAACAUCAUGGUCUCCGUUGGCACCAUUACCGUCAUAGCCUUGGACAGGUACUUGACGAUAGUGCGUGGACAAGAAGGUACCAACAGUAGACGACGGGUAAUCACAUCCAUAGUGAUGGUUUGGUUGGUGUCAGCACUAGCCACCCUCCCUGUUGCCUUUUAUCAGGUGGUGGAGCCUCUGAUGUUCCACCGGGUGGUGCUGUACGAGACGUGUCUGGAGCGAUGGCCCUCUCAGCAACUAAAGAUAUCGUACGCUGCAGCUGUGCUGCUCGUACAGGCCGUCAUCCCAGCCCUCGUAGUGUGCGUGGUGCACGCGCGGAUUGCAUCCUACCUGCACGCACACGCACGCACACAGAAGGAUAGGCGGAGAGCCCUGCGGGAAAUAAAGAGGAACCGAAGAACUACGCUUCUCCUCUCAGGUGUUGCGAUCUUGUUCGCCCUGAGCUGGCUGCCUCUAGGUAUCUUCUCUCUGACGGCCGACGUCCUCUACUCAGAGGAGUCCUUCAGCCGUGUGUCCUCACAGGACCUGUACGUGACCUUGGCCGUAUGUCACGUGACCGCCAUGACCUCCGCUGUGUCCAACCCCGUGGUGUACGGCUGGCUGAACUCCAACAUACGCCAGGAGUUGCUGCAGCUGCUGCCCUCGAAGUGUGCCACUGUGUCCGGGAUAGAGGAAGCCACCACCAAGACCGCUCUGCCAACCACCACCCACCGGCGGGAAAGUUUCACCAUCCUGCUGCAGAACGGGGACCGGCCAGUGCUCACUCAAUCGCCCCACACAUUGGUCACUGUCUUAUAACGGUCCGUGAGGUCCUCAUCGCGACUCUGAGAUACAUCUUCUAAACACCAUUCUCUAGAUAAACACUAUUUUAUGUGACAAGGUAUGAAUGCAAUGGGUAGAAAAUUGUAAAACAAUUACAUAUCACAUAGUAAGACGGAUAAAUUCCUGGUUUAAAUAAUAUAAGUUUCUUGACCCGUUCCUUACUUCCUAAAAUUGUUUACCAGGAUUACGAUUGUAGAUUGUCAAUACAAUAAAUAUCCAAUUUUUUAUACUAAACUCUCGAACACAUAGCCUCUAAUCGCCCUCAGUAUAUAAAGCUUCUGGCUUUGGAGAUGAGGUCAGUCUUUCUGUCAAUAAAAAUAAAAUUCAUAAAACAUGGUUUACUAAUAUUAUUAUAUUCAAUUUUAUAAUGAAAGGAAUUUUUCAUCGCAACAUAUAUAACUUUUCAAAUAAGCUAGAUCUAAGUAGAGAUACUUUCACACUUUCUGUUUAUGGUGGUGUUGACAAACACAUGAUGAGCGAGUGCCAAGAGAAGAUAGGUAACUACUGUCUGUGUUAUGUUUGCUUUGCUUAGUGUCAACCUUGACGUAUGCUGCAUAAAUAUCUCUUGUGACAGAUACCAUAUAACUAGUUUUAGAAAAGUCUAUUUAAACGAUUUAAUUUUGUAGUAAGAAAUGAAUUGUUGAAAUUAUUUGUUGUUUUGAUUGGUUUUAAAAAUACAAAUUGACAAAAAUUAUUCAAAACCUUGAAGAUUUAUAAUGCUUGUAAUAUUUAUGAUCCGGUUUUAUUUAAUUUGAAAAGUAAGACACCUGUAUUGUUUGGUUUUUCGAGAACAUACUUAAAGUCCGUUCCUAACGAUAAAUAUUUAAAUUCUUGCUCAAACACAUUUACAACAGAAUUUUGAAGUUCAACUGACUCACAUUCAAAUGUUAUUCCACCCCAAGUACUACGUUAUCAUAGACAUGAUACGCGCUUCUUUCCUUAUAGAAGUAUUGAAAAAAGAGUUUGUUUGGAAGAGUAACAUAAACUUUCAAAUAUAAGUAAGAGUAAAGAGUAGCAUGGACAUAACUUGAUGCUAGAUUUACUUGGCGUAUUUAUAAUAAAUACGUAUAAAGACAUAACAUCAUGAUCAGUAUCAGUAAGUUCAGCUCUUUGUUUACUUUACUAUAAUUUUACAAGUAUGGGUAUGCCACAACACGUGUUGCAUAACAAGCUUGACUGAGGUUGUGUGCAAAACUAAGUUUAUAACACAUGUUCUUCUGGUAGUUAUAAAAUACGUUAAAAUUUAUUAUGAUUUGAUCCAUUUUGUUUACAAGUUGAUUUAGUCUUUGAUUUUCUCGUUACUAUCACGGUGAGACAUAAAACCAAUGUAUAAGUAAUUUUAGUAAGUACCGCUGUGGAUUGAAAUGCAGCCUCCUUAAAAUCGAUGUUGCAUUUAUAAAAAUGAAGCUGCUUGCAAAAUUCCAAGUUUAUAGAUUAAUUCGUUUUUGAGGCAUCGUGCGGACAGAAGGGCCUACAUAGAUGAAAUUUUUCCAGUCCCUCGAGGGAUGGUCUUCUCUAACGCUCAGCCAUCAACGGACGAUUGAAAAUAUGUAUAGACAAACUUGUACGUACGAAAGGACAAAAUACUUAAACACACACAAAAUCUGUGAUUGGAUCUACGAGUUAAGAGUAUCGAGAGUUAUCGAGAACGAUGAAACAUAUCAACACGAAUGAGAGAGAACGAUGAAAUGUAUCGAUUUGUGGCACAUCACGAACAUCUCUCUGUAUGCUGCAGUACCAAAGUGGGCGUCGAGUUUACUUAUCGGUUUGGCAAAAUCGUUUAGUUUAGUCAACAACGAUGUAUUUUCGUAGACUCUGAUCACCCACCAAACCGUUCAUAGGUUACAAACUGGAUGUGAUAUUUAAAACCUUUUUAAAUCUCUUAAUAUAAACCACUACCGAAUUGGGUCACAUUAUUGGUGCUCAAAUAUGAUUCCUUUGAACUGUGACUAUAAAGUAAAUGUGGGCGUAGUAGGUGGUUACAUAUUAGGGCGGUUCUAUAGUAUUUGUUUUAUAAAGCCAGCAUUAAUACAAUUAUUUUUUUAGUCUCAGAGAUAAAAACUGUAAUACAUUUUAAAAGUUUUUUCUUAUUCCAUAUAUUCCGAAAGUAGCAUAAAAAUUAUAUUUAACUACAUACCAUUGUAUAACUAUUUAAAGUUCUACUUUCAUUACCAUUGAGAUUUGAAGAUGCAACUAUAUGAUCUUACUUAAAAUGUGGCAAAAUGUGUUAUAUGACAAGUAAGUAUUAUUUCAUUAUUUGUUUAUCAUUUCAAAAAACGAAUGGUCGUUAUCUUGUAUCGUUUUCUUCAAUCGCCUAUCGAGCUGGAAUCGCCUAUCUUACCAGAAUUACUAUACAGCCGCUUUUAUACCUUGAGGGGCAUAAAUGUUUAGUGCUGUGAGACAAGGGUCAAUAAAAGAUAAUAGCGAUAUCGUGUUCCUUUUAAGUUCAGUAUCAUUAAGUAGUUCUUUCGCUAAAAAUAUCACAAUCUGCUCUAUCUAGCUUAAAUUAAGGAAUUAAAAAAAUAAUUCAGGAUAAUGCAAUAGUAUAGUUUUCUUUGUAAUAGAAUCAAAUAAUUCGUAUAAUGACGUCAAAAAUAAACAGUUUGGAUUCCUGUGAUUAAAAUUAAAUUCUAGUUUUUUCGGUUAAAUAAUUUCAAAAUGUUAUUUUUAUUUACAGUGGCAUUAUUUAAAAAAGUAUAAUUGGUAAAAUUCAUAAUGUAAUUUAAUAAACAAAUUGUAUAAUGUGUUAAUUACUAGUAUUAACAAUUCGGAGUUUAAUAAAGAAAGACUGUUUUAAAGAAUAAUUGUAAACUUUUUCAAGAAAUAUUCGUAAUACAUUUUAUUUACAUAGUUUCUCGUAGUUCUAGAGUAAUAUAAAUUUUAUCCGAUGACAUCUUAGAGUGGAAUUCAGGACUUGGUACGCUACAUAAGUUAACAGAGAUUGUUACGGAUAACUCCUACAGGUGAAAUGUAAAUGUCACUACCCACUUCUCAAGCAACACCUCUUUGCAUCUCAUUACUUCUCCGUACACAUCUAUUUUCGUAUGGAAUAUUAGUAUUUUCUGAAUAAUAUUUUCCUGUUCUAAUAUUCGCUCUUGUUGUUGGCGUGACAGUGCACCCAACCACAUUUAAAAUUUGAUAUUUUUAUAUGUACAUUUUAUGACUGUACCACUACUUGAGUGUAUUGUUAAUAUGAUAAAUUAAUAUAACAAUUAUAACUUAAUAUAAUGUGCGUAUUUAUCUUGUAAUUUGUUGUAAAUACUAAACAACAUAAGUGUAAUUUAGUUUUAGUGUUGUUCUAUGGUUCCUAUACAGAUUGAUUACAAAUUGUAACUAACAUAAUUGUCAAAGGUAAAUUAUUUCACAGGAUAAAUGUUUUUUUUACAAUGGGUUCGCCAAUAUAAUACUUGUAACGUGAAGCUCUUUUUUACUAAUGCUAGCUGUAAUCUCAUAUAUUUACAUCACAAAUUGUAUAUAUAUUUAAAUAUAUAUAUAUAUAUAUAUAUAUAUAUAUAUAUAUAUAUAUAUAAUAUAUUUUAAAUAUAUGAACAUUAAUGUAAAAUUAGAUACAAUAUAAGUAAUACAAAAGAUACUUUAACGUAUAUUUUACAACACAUUUUUUAAAUAAUAACAAACAAAAUGAAUAAGUCUAGAUAGGUUUCCUAAAGGAUUUUAACUGGUAUCUCAUGAAUACUGGAACUAUUACUACAGACAAAAAUUGAAAAACUGUCAUAUAUAUACAAUUUCACUUAUUUGUUAAUUUGAAAUUAUUGCUUGCAAAUGUCAGAAAUUGUAUCUAAAACCAUUUAUAUAAAUUGCCAAAAUAACAAAACGUUUCUAUCAUUAUAACAUAAUUUUCUCUUUAAAUUGGCAAUUAUUGAACAGCAACGCCACCUGCUUUUUUGUGAUGAAUACCAAUUGGAAUUUACAAUUUUAAAUUAUUGAUACAAUUUCCCAGUAUCUUGUAAAUCUUAAAAUUCCUUAAGGAAAACUCAAUGUUUUCUUUUAAUGUUGAUUGUAGUAUAAGAUGAUUUUAUAAUUUAUAAACUUUUAUUUACUCACUCGCUUAAGAGCUAUAGCAUAUUAAUGCUUUAAAAAUUGCAUAUUUUUCCAGAUGUAAGCACUAUUGUGUAAUUAAUUUCAAAUGAAGCAAUAAGGAACACUGCUUUUAGUGAAUUAGUAGUGUUGAACGAAAAAAAUACACAGCAUGACAUGCGUAUGGUGGAUAUGAGUAUAAAUAUUAAAAAUACAAUAAAAAUGUGCAAUUGUUCGUCGUCUAUGACGAUAAUCAAUUAUCCUUGGUGUUCCACUAAUUUUGGCGAUGUAUUGAUUACACUAAAGUUUUAUAACUGAUCUUGGCAUCAUACAGUGAUUUAAAUUAAGGUGUUAAAAUUAGUGAAUUUAAUUAAUAGUUUCUUCCAUCGCAUAUAUGCAAAAUGUUUUACUCAUAAUACCAAUAAAAAGUGUAUUUAUUUUUUUAAACUAGUAUUGAAGGAUCUAAUUUAAAUAAUAUAUCAAUUGAAAAUAAUUUUAUUACGUAUGGGGGGCUUCACGCUUUACAUGUGUACGUUACCUAUGUUUCUUGUGUUGUUUAUGGUGAUCUAUGAAUAACCACAACUAUUGAGUUAUAGCAAUCCAAAUGUUUGUACACGUGCUGUUGUGAGUAGUGAGCCCAACUCCAACACAUGAUUACAAACAUGAUCAUGUAUACAUCAACAUUAUGCAGCCUCUGUGAUUUGUUUGUACGCUUAUUGAUUAAACUAUACCUUUGACACAA